UAAACUGUUGCACAAAACGUGCUGAUCGAUCAUCAGAGUCUUCUCCAAUGGCUACCCCCAAGAGCCGACCGGUCGGUGGCACCGAGUAUGGCUUGUGGCGAGCGGUGCCUGGCGGCACCGGCAUAGCAGUGCUCGCUCUCCUCGUCUCCAAAGCUCCAGAUAUUUUGCGUCUGCAAAAUGCCAUCGACAAGCUCCAAAAUUUGCAUCCAAUUCUCAAGUCAAGAUUAAUCCUCCAUUCCAACACAGUCUCCUUCAACACAUCUCCAGCUCCAUUCGUUCAAAUAAAAUCACACAGUACUCUAGAAUGCCUCUCCAGCCCUGAAAACCACUCCAAUAUCUCACCCUUCCAUUUAGUCCUUGAACAUGAACUGAACCAAAACACUUGGUCGUCAUCAUGCAGCAACACCGCUGACAUGCUGUUCUUUGCAAGCAUAUAUGCUCUUCCCAAUACAAAGUGGGUUGUGGUGCUCCGGCUUCACCUCUCGGCGUUCGACCGCACCACGGCGGCGUCUCUGCUGAGAGAGUUGCUGGUUUUGAUGGGUGAAGGAGAAGAAGGAGAAGAGACACACAAGGAAAUGGCCAUGAGUUUGGGAAUUGAGGAUCUUAUUCCUAGAGGGAAGGCCAAGAAGAAGGCUUUGUGGACACGUGGGGUUGACAUGCUUAGUUACUCCGUCAGUUCUCUCAGCCUCACAAAUUUGAAAUUCCAAGAUCCAAGGUCACCUAGAUCUUCUCAAGUUGUCAGGCUGCAAAUCAACCAAAGUGAAACACACAGAAUUCUCGCUGGUUGCAAAUCAAGAGGGAUCAAACUAAGCGGGGCAUUGGUAGCAGCUGGAUUGAUAGCUGCAUACGCCUCUAAACGUCGAGCUGAUAAUCAAGGAAAGAAGUAUGGAGUGACGACUCUCGUUGAUUGUCGUUCCAUUCUUGACCCACCUCUUUCCUCUCACCAUUUUGGAUUUUACCACGCUGCGAUCCUCAACACCCAUGUCAUGAAAGGAGGAGAAAAGCUGUGGGAGCUGGCCCAGAAAAUGUACAUGGCGUUUGCAAACUCUAAGAAGUGCAACAAGCACUUGUCGGACAUGGCAGACCUGAACUUCCUCAUGUGCAAGGCCAUUGAAAACCCUGGCUUGACCCCAGCGUCUUCCUUGAGGGUGUCCUUCAUGUCGGUCUUUGAGGACCCAGUGAUAAUUAAUGAUCAUGAUCAUGAUCAGCCGGCCACCGAUCAGCUCGGACUGGAGGACUACAUGUGGUGCGCCUCCGUUCACGGCGUCGGUCCGUCCAUUGCAAUCUUUGACACAAUAAGGGAUGGGUGUCUGGAUUGCGCAUGCGUCUAUCCGGCGCCGUUGCACUCCAGAGAGCAAAUCCAAGAGCUGGUUGAUACCAUGAAGGCUGUUCUUGUGGAUGGUGGUAACCAUGUGCAGGAGACAUACAUGCAUCAUGCAUCAUGCAUGGCUGAUGGCUCGGUUGGUAGUUAAGGAUAUAUAACUGUCCUAUUAAUAAAUGAGUGUUGAAAAUCCAAUUGAUGCAUUUUUAUAUAGGUUGGUGAAAUAAAUUAGAGAAAGUAAA